AGCUUAGUUGGCUGGCCAUUAAUAUAGUUCCACUGACUGCCUGUGCUUCGGUUUGGCCCUGUUGACGUUUAAAAAAUAAUUAUCUGAAUUUGKUUUAAAAACAUUCACAAUGCCAACAAUUAAACUGCAAAGUUCAGAUGGGGAGAUCUUUGAGGUGGAUGUGGAAAUAGCAAAGCAGUCUGUGACAAUAAAGACAAUGCUGGAAGAUUUGGGUAUGGAUGAUGAAGGAGAUGAUGAUCCAGUCCCCCUCCCGAAUGUGAAUGCGGCUAUCCUCAAGAAGGUGAUCCAGUGGUGCACCCACCAUAAAGAUGAUCCCCCUCCCCCUGAGGAUGACGAGAACAAGGAGAAAAGGACGGAUGACAUACCCGUCUGGGACCAGGAGUUCCUCAAAGUGGACCAAGGGACCCUCUUCGAACUUAUUCUAGCRGCAAACUAUUUAGACAUCAAAGGACUGCUAGAUGUCACCUGCAAGACGGUGGCCAACAUGAUCAAAGGAAAGACCCCAGAGGAGAUCAGGAAGACGUUCAACAUCAAAAAUGACUUCACAGAGGAAGAGGAAGCCCAGGUACGCAAGGAGAACCAGUGGUGUGAAGAGAAAUAGAGGAGGAUGCUGCCAACACUAACACACUGAAAGGAUUGUUCCAGUAAUUGGUUGCACUGCGUUGUUCAUACUUGUUAAUAUUACAUUUAGUCUAUUAGAGUGACAGAUCUCCCCCCGUGUACUCAUAGCAUGACCAUUUCCAUUGCUUGUAUGGUGCGAAAUAAUAAAAAUAGUAGCUAUUUCAUGUUUUUACACAUUUUACUUCACUUUAUAUUCACAUGAGAGUCUGGGUAUUCUUUCCAAUUUUUAGAGUAGAUGCACCGCUCUCCCUGUUUUCAAUUGCUAUAGUAUUUUUUAUUGUAAAUGUUUAUAUAUAUUUUUUGUUGAGUCAACUGAAAUGAUGGCUCAAUGCUCAAUUUUGUAAUUGCAGACUCUUCUGUGCCGUUGUUUUAACGUCAACUUAGGGAGACAAGCGUUCAUAGGACAUUUGAAGUGGGGGUGAAUGUGUGAAAUGUCCUGUGGACUGGAAAUACUUGUUGAAGUGUGUGUGCUGUCUUUCACACAACUUAUGGUAUUUACCUAUUGAGAUUGGAUUGGAAUCUUUUCUCAGUUCUGCUCUGAAGACGAAAUUUAGGAUUACUAUUCAAUUCUAGGAGUAAGUAAAUUAAUUAAAAGAAUGUUGUCUGUC